CUGUAGCCCAAGCGAAGCGGAGGAGUGGGAGAGGCAGAAUGACAGAAGCAGCGGCGGCGGCACUGUCCCAGGCAAUGGUAAUGUUACCGGGGAGGACCAGGCAGGACGAAUAGAGCGAGGAGGAGGAGGAGGAAGAAGUGACAGGCUGAGUGAUAAUAGCGGCAGCACACAGGACAGACUGGAAGAGACGGUGAGAAUAUCUGAUAGGGGCGCAGAAGAAAGCAGCGCCCGCCGCCUACACAAUCCCCGUUGUCAAGUGAUGAGGGAGUGACAGCGGCAUAUAAUGAGGGAGAGACAGUGGGCGGAGGGCAGGAACCUCACCCCGAGUGGAUGAGCCUGGGCUGUUGAGUCCAUAGAUAGAGCUGCGGGACUCCAGCGCAGAACAGCGCUUUCCAGCCACAGUGAGUGCGCCGCGGCACAAACAUACCGGGGAAGGCGAGAAGCCCCGCUAGUUUCAUGUGAAUAUGAGGGCUCUUGUACCAUUGCAGCAGGUCAUUCUGCGCUGCCAGUGACAAUGCGCCUGGACAAACGGCAGCCGCUGCGGACUCGGUGCGACCUGUAUACAGACAGGGCUUGGCCUGGGACUCAGGGAGGGGAACCUGUACCAACAAGAACACAGAGUCUUCCUGGGGAUGUGGGAUUGGAACUCCAGCAUUUGUCUGCUGCUUGCGCUGCUGCUUCUACCCUAUAGAGCUAACACUCCUCCACUACAGGAUUGUGUCACUGCCCAGUUGGGUGCUGAGAUCUACUGGCUAAUGGGCACUCACCAAUGAACUAGCCAUCACACGUGCCCUAUCGCUGCCAUUCUCAUACUCCAGUAAGUCAUCUGUGUGGCAGCAUCAUGGAACCCUGGCGGCAAUGUGCCCAGUGGCUGAUCAGAUGCAGAGUGCUGCCCCCCAAUCACAGGGUGACCCUGGACACAGCCCAGGUCUUUGACUUGGCCCAGACUCUCCGGGAUGGAGUGCUCCUUUGUCAGCUGCUUAAGAACUUGCAGGGCAGCUCCAUCAACUUGAAAGAAAUCAACUUGCGACCACAGAUGUCCCAGUUUUUGUGUUUGAAGAAUAUCCGAACCUUUCUGUCUGUGUGCUGCGGUGCAUUCAGUAUGAAGAAAAGUGACCUGUUUGAAUCUUUUGACUUAUUUGAUGUGCGGGAUUUUGCAAAGGUGAUUGAGACUUUAUCGAAACUAUCCCAUACAACCAUUUCUUUGUCAGCUGGAAUAAGGCCAUUCCCUACAGAGGAAAGUGUUCAGGAUGAAGAUAUUUACAAAGCUCUGCCAGAUUUAAUUGAUGAAUCCGGAGCUGAUGAAGAUGAAGAGUUGUACUAUGACUCCGUUUAUCAGGAAGAUGAUGGAGGGGAAGUUUAUGAAGAUCUUAUGAAGGCUGAAGCUGCUUUGCCCAAUAGGUCUGCCGAGAGUGAUGUUCGGAGCUGCUGUUUGCUAGAAAUUAAACAGACUGAGGAAAAAUAUUCAGAAACAUUAGACUCAAUUGAAAAGUUCUUCAUGGAACCUUUGAAAAAUUUUCUGACACCAACAGACAUACAGAAUGUUUUCAUUAAUAUUUCUGAAAUGGUAGAGGUACACAAGAACUUGAUGAAGGAAAUUAAGGACUCUGCCAACCACCGGAAUAGCCAGAACCUUUACGUGAUCUUCCUAACAUACAAAGAAAGGCUUCUUAUCUAUGGGGAAUAUUGCAGCCAAGUAGAAUUAGCCAUAUCUCUUUUGGAUAACAUCUCCAAGACCAGAGAGGAUGUCCGAUUGAAACUGGAGGAAUGUUCUAAACGAGCAAAUAAUGGAAAAUUCACCCUGAGAGAUCUCUUGGUAGUCCCUAUGCAGAGAGUUCUGAAAUACCAUCUACUGCUCCAAGAGCUGGUAAAGCAUACCACGGAACCUACAGAAAAAAAUAACCUGCGUGUUGCUCUGGAUGCAAUGAAGGACUUGGCUCAGUAUGUAAAUGAAGUGAAAAGAGACACAGAGACACUGCGGGAAAUUGAACAGUAUCAACAUUCCAUCGAGAAUUUGAAUCAGCCUAUGUCACAAUACGGAAGACCAAAAGUCGACGGAGAGAUAAAGAUCUGUACGCUUGACAAAAGAACACGACAGGACCGGUAUAUAUUCCUUUUUGACCAAGCUGUCAUUGUAUGUAAGAGGAGAGGUGAUAAUUAUGACAUGAAAGAGAUAAUAGAUCUACAAAAAUACAAGAUAACUAACAAUCCUAGUACAGACAAGGAAAACAAGAAGUGGUCAUAUGGAUUCUAUCUCACCCACAUCCAGGGCCAAAAUGGCUUUGAAUUCUUUUGCAAAACUAAAGAUUUAAAAAAGAAAUUACUGGAACAGUUUGAAAUGGCAUUGUCUAACAUUCGUCCAGACAACGCAACAGCAAAUUAUCAUGAGUUUCAGAUGCACUCAUUUAAAAAUGUUACAUCUUGUAGAGUCUGUCAGAUGCUGCUCAGAGGAACAUUCUUUCAAGGGUACCUCUGCCAGAAAUGUGGGACUGGUGCCCAUAAGGAGUGCCUGGGAAGAGUGGACACCUGUGGACGUGCAGAUUCUGGGAGUUUGAAGCCUGAGAAACAGAAUGGACCCCGAAGGCCCGUUAAACACCCUGACCCAGGUUUGCCAAAGAUGAAAGUAAUAAGAAACUACAGUGGAUUUCCCUCACCACCAGCACACAGUGGGCCCUCUCUCAGUAUGCAGAUAGGAGAUACCAUUGAAGUCCUGAGAGCUGAUCCACACAUCCUAUUCUGGCAGGGUAGGAAUAUAGCCACAGGGGAGCUUGGCUUUUUCCCAAGUGAUGCUGUUAAACCUUGUCCAUGUGUUCCAAAACCUUUGGAUUAUUCUGGGCAGCCUUGGUUUGCAGGAGCUAUGGAAAGGGUACAGGCAGAGAGUGAAUUAAUCAGCAGAGAGAACAGUACCUACCUCAUUCGCCACAGGACAAAGGAGAGUGGGGAGUAUGCAAUCAGUAUCAAGUACAACAACGAAGUCAAGCACAUCAAGAUAUUAACGAGAGAUGGCUUUUUCCACAUUGCAGAAAAUAGGAGAUUUAAAAGUUUAAUGGAGCUGGUAGAGUAUUACAAACAUCAGUCACUCCGGGAAGGGUUUAGAAGUUUAGAUACGAAACUUCUUCUGCCCUAUAAGUUUCCUGAAAACAAUACUGGACACGUUUGCAACCAGACCUCAGGAAUGUCCACAUCUGUGCUGUGUGGGUUUGCUUUUGUUACUGCUCCUGAAUACAGCUUUGUGCCCCCCUCUACCACUCCCUUCUGGUCAGUUUUCAGCCCAAAGGUCCUAGGUAUUGCCAUUGCUCGCUAUGAUUUCUGUGCACGUGAUAUGAGGGAGUUGUCUCUUUUCAAAGGAGACGUUGUGAAGAUAUACACAAAGUCGGGGACCAAUGGCUGGUGGAGAGGGGAAUCCAAUGGGAAGGUCGGCUGGUUUCCUUCCACAUAUGUAGAAGACGACGAAUGAAGGAUACACAUCAUUGUGUAACAUUCAUGUAUGGACAUUCUGUAAAGAUUUCUGUCUGCCAUUUUGCAGAAUCUGUUGCCAGGAGGACAGGGCACAGCAGUUUUAAAACUGUUAUUCCUGGGAAGCUGUGAUUGGAUCCGGAGAUGUUGAUGAAUGUGCAACCUGCAAAAGGAAGAGGGCAAAGGAAAACAAGAAGUGUCCAUCACAGCAUACAGCCAUAUGAAUACCAACCUUCUGGAACCGAAGGGGUUACUGAUCCAAAAGAUUCAUUAUAAAAUAUAUGUCUUGCUUAUUCUUAUGCAAAAGACAUUUUGGAGGAGUUUGUUGACGGAGCUUUAGACUAUGUGUGCUCGAGUGAAGGCUGUGAAAAUUAAAAGUGUGGCUAAGCAAAUAUGCUCAAAGGAACCUAUCAUUCAACAUGUAGUCACUGAGUAAAAGCAGAGCAGUGCAGCCCUUUCCACACCAUGAAUUGAAGGCUUCAACCAUAACUAUUAAUAUUUAUCUGUUCUUAUUUAAUAGGUAAGCUUGUCUAGGGUAACAGAGAUAUCAUAUGAGCCUAGCCUGGGUGCCUCACCGGAUUCACAUCAACACAGGCGUCCGUCCGGCCAGGAUCACACCCACGGUAGUUCCGCCACUGCCUCAAUGUUUUUGUUGUGAAUUGCUCACAACCAAUUAAUUCUAUGGCAGUCUUACUCUUUCUACCUAGCAAAGAAGACUGCAAGCUACACACCUUCCAACAGGCCAGUGUUGUUGGUAAAAUGCUGCAAUAAAAUAAGCCAGUUGUCCCUAACUUUAAACAUCUGAAACUGACAUAUUGCGGCAGCUAUAGUUUCACUUAAAUCAUGGACCCCAAACCACCAACUGCAUGUAUAUAAAUCUCUAUCAAAUACCAACCAGAUCUAGAGCAAAUUUGUCUCCCACAGUUUUCAAACAUAAUGCAAGUUGGUGGCCAAAGUGGAUCCAUGUAAGAAUAUUCUGUUUCUCAGUUACAUGAUUAUUAACAGUGACAUUUUUUCUAGCCACUAAUACAAGGCAUUAUGAUCAGCCUUAUGAUAUAUAAACCCCUGUGUUUUGUUACAUUCAUCUGUCUAGUUUUAAUUAUCCAAAUGUGACUCCAGACAAAGUCCAAUUUCUACAUACCCGUGAUUGUGCCCAUGUCCAUUAUUGCCAUCAAUACCUGUAUCACACAUGGGAAUGGGCAGAACAAGUAUUGUUUCUUGCCUCAAUUAUUUCUGACUUAUAACUAUAUAAAUGCAAAUAACAUCCCACAUAGCGACUUUAUCUGCAUCUAGUUCGGCUUUUCCAAAUGUAACAGUUCAGCCCCUUUGGAAGAGAUUGUGCUGCAAAUGAAUACACACAGACCUUGCAAAUGAAACAGUGACUUUAGAAGAACAGACUGGAUGGAGUUUUAAUAUAAGUUAUAAUAUACAUAAACAAUAUUUGAAAUGUGAACAUUUUUCCCUUUUUCGCAUGAGUGCUCAUGAGCCAGUGGAAAAGGAUUGCACUGCUAUGUACAUUCUAAUUUUUUUUGAACAAGGGAACAGGUUCCCUUUUAAUGACAGCUGUGUAAAUCUUUUUAACCAAUGGACUUGCUGUUUUUGUUUUGUUGAAUUAACUAGAAUAGAUUGUGAGCCUGUCGGGGCUCCAACUAAAAGCCAUGCUUAUAUUGUAUAUCUGGUGCACUUAUGUGCUCAAUUUCUUUUUGAUUCUGAUAAAUGGCACCAAAGAAGACUAAAGCACACUCCAGCUUCCAGCCCAAGCCUUCCAGUGUUUGUCCUCUGGGCAGACAAAGGUUUAAAUGUAAAACCACAUUUCUUCUACUUAUAAGCAGCCAUUUAAGUGUAUUUUAAUCUUGAAAUCGUUGAAAUGAUACGAAUACGGAGUGUGUACAUUUGUGGAUUAUACCUGCUUGUAUAAAAUUUCCUGUACAGUUGAAACAAUCACAUCAGUGUUAGAAUUAUACCAGAGUUCUAUAUUUAAAUAUAUAUAUUUUUAGUGUUAUAAAUCUUGAAAUCUUACCUCAGAGUAAUGCCUGUAGCCCCACUUUGCUAUAGGUGUGUGUGUACCAACUGCCUGUGCCCACCCUCUGAAUCAGGGAUAUUGUAGCCAGAUUGUGCCCUUCCAGGCCCAGUGCCACAGGUUUGUUGGUGCAGCUCUGCAUACUGUGAGAUUAAUGUCAGAAUGUUCUGAUAGAAUAAUGAAACUUUAAAAGAAAAAAAGUAUGUUUCUCUGCAUAAUCUCCUCAUUUAUUCACCUUAGUUCCUGCUAUUUCCCUUCCUCUUCAAAAACCUUUGCUGUGACUCUCUCCUUUUGCGUCAUUUCCCUUUGUAUAUUCCCUCCCUAUAACUCCUCUGUUGCUCAGUCUCUAUAAUCCCUACCUCCAUAUUUCUUGUCCUGUUAUCCCUAUAUUUCUGUAUAUUUCCCUAGUACCUCUGUCAGAAAUUAGCCUCUCCCUAUAAUUCCCCACCAAGCUUCCAUAUGCCAUGUCCCAUUUCCCAUGUUUCUCCCUCGACCAUCUCGAUUGCAGCUCCUUCAGAUAACAUUAGCCUCUGUUUUGUAGAAUCUCUCUUUAUUAACCAGGUUAAAUCUCCUUGUGGCAUUUCCCAGUUUUCCAGUGCCUCUAUAUAAUAUGCUUUCCCAAUGCCCCCAUAUAACAUUUCCCUCUUACUCCAUAUAAUCUCUCUCUAACUUUACUCCUGCUCUCUGCUUCUCUGGAAAAAAUACACACUAAUGGACAUGUCUUAGUUUCUCUCUUUAAUUUCUUAUGGUAUUUUCUCUGGCACUCCCCUGGAUUAAGUUAACUGGGCCUGUUUCACCAUGUUAUCUGCUCCUCCAUAUUGGUACCUGUUUCUAUUUCACAUAUGUAACCAAUAACUCCCCCUGAUGCUGCACCACAUAAUAUUUCCCUGCUUGCCAUGGAAAGUAUAUGCCCUGUUUCCCUUUAUAAUCUCUGUAUUCAACUUCCCUGAUGCAGAAACGUCUUUACCCUACAUAUUUUAUAGCACUUACUGAGUUUCCCUUCAGUUGCUCCUCCUAAAUUGUUAUACACAGACAGCAAAAUCAGUGUCAGACUGGGCCAAUAGGACAACAGGAAAAAAACAGUAGGUUCUGCCCUUUAUGGGCCUUCUGGCUGAGAAUUGGUCCCCCACCCAGGCCUCCCCCUCUCUUCUACCCUGGCCAAACCUGAUCAGGGGAGGAGAGAAGUACAGUGCAAUUUUGGGUGCCCGGAGGAGGCCCCUUCAUUUUACAUGAAGGACACUGACAGUUCCACUCCUGAUAGUCCCUGGACGCAGCAGUCUGACCCUGAGCACAAGUUUAAAACAGGGAGAUUAUAUUUUUAAGUCUUGCUUGCUAUAAGGGCUCUUCUGCACAUCUUUUAUACAAGGAGUGAGCUGCACAUUAUACUGCAGUAUUUUGGACUCUUCAGUGCAAUUUCAGAAUUUACUAUGAAAUGAACUGGUUAUCUAUUCUGACAACAGAUAAUGGUAUAAUUUAGACCUGUGGUCCCUGGGUACUGUAAGUAUUUUCAGUAUGUGAAUGUGUAAAGCUGCACACAUGUAAGCACUACUUUAUGGGUAUUUGUGUAUAGUUUAGCUGUUACAACUCUCUAACCAUGCACCCAAUUCAGUUCUUAUUCCAGGUACAAAGGGAUCAUCUUCUAGGCUCUGUCCUCAUUGUUAGUCUGCAGUCUAAAUGUCACACAGAGAGAUAAGUGUGAUUGUGAUCCGACUAAGUCAGUCCCACUGUUAGGAUGAGUCUACCCCAUCCAUAAGUAUGUCAGUGAAAUAUAUAUACAAUAAUAUAUAAACCAAAUGCAACUGUUUAUAUAAUAACAUGAUGUCUUUUCACAUUUUUGAGUGUCAUUAUAAAUCAGACCUCUGGAGAAUAAAGAAAGGGCUUAAGGUCUAUAGGGGUUAUAUUCUAACAGAAAGGCACAACUUUGCACACACUGUGAUGUGCACUAGAGACCUGCAUGGCUGUUAUUUUAGAUCCAGCCUUUACCCACUCAUCCUCAGCCCGACCUGAACUGGUUUACCUGACUUCUGAAGGUAGAAAGGUAAAAAAGGACCGCACAUGCUCACCGCUCUCCCCUCAAGUCAGGUGCUCCGUCCAACAGUGUCCCCACUGUAAACACGACAAAAACUCGAAAGCGUUAGCGUUGGCUAACCUAUGACUAAGGGAUAACUCCCGAAACGCGUUAGGUUUUUCCAGCAGGAAUUCCAAUAAACCCUAUUUUCAGAAGUGCCGUCUGCCUUUCGAGUUUUUACCUGACUUCUGAACCCUAUUGAUUUCCACCCAAUGGUACUUUUACAUUAGGAAGCUUCCAUGUUCAGCUGUUCCCCCUGCAAUGGGCGUCUGUAGGCCAUCUUACUGCAAGGGAUCAGUUACCCAUGAGCCAUCUGCACAGUGGGCAUAAAAAGUAUUCCAUGGUUACCCGACCCCAUGCAGGACUCUACUGUGUAACUCACACUGGAUUUUAUCUAGGCCAAUAUUCAGAGUACAGGCAGACUCAGGACCCUCAGUAUUCUUGCUCUUCUUUAUAAAUGCCCCAGUAUAUGUCCAGCCUGCAGCCUUCCAGCUAUAAUUGGUACUUGUCAUAAGAAUAUAAUCUAGCAGCAUUAAAUAUACAGUGGCAUUCAGAACAUGGUGCCUAUACAGUAUAUUUCCAAUAUGAACAGAGAAUGCACCAUUCAUGUUACAUUAAUAUAUGUGAAAUUAAUGUGUAAGAAAAUGAUAACUUUGCAAAUAUGUUCUCGGUCCAGGCUUAGGUUUGAUGAUAAGUUUUGUUUCCAAAUGAAAGGAAAAUGUUUACUUUUAAAUUUUUUUAAUAAAUCACUACCGUGUGUAUUUACUCUUUGCCAACUUCCAGCUGUGUAACUUGAAAGGCCCGAGCCCCCUACAAAAAACAAGGUAUUCAUAGUUCCCUUUCACUGCCCCAACUGCUCGGCUUUGUACGCGCUCGUUCCUUUGCAGAUGGUGUCUGGUGUAUUCUAGUGUCUCCACUAUUAAUGGCCUUUUAAUGUCUGAUCAUUUGUUUUACUUACAUUGGGAGACAAGGGCUAAUUACCCAGGAAUAUAUUUAUACCGUAUAGCUUUUAGGAUGUCAACAAUUUGAUCUGUUUAAUUCCUGUAUUAAAUGUUUCCGUUAUACUUA